AUGGAGCCGAGAGACUAUAGUGAUUCUGAAUCUCAGAAAAAAGGAAGAUGGGUUAGGUUGGGAUGGAAGAGAUUAAAAAAACCAACUGAAGGCCUUGCUGAUGAAGCACUAGCGAAUGUGCUUAACACUAUUCUUGAGAAACUGAAUGAGCUGAGAACGAAGUUUGAACUAUUACAGACGAACAAAACUACUGUGGAGGAGGGGUCGACGAAAAAAAGGAAUGAAGUAGGCGAUGAAGUAGCCGAGGAGAAGGUGUAUGAUGCAGAGUUUGACAUUGUUGGGGAGAACAACGAUAAGAAGGGUUGUGAAGUGACUCCGGAACAGGUUAGUUGGUAUUUGUUUUAA